UAUUACCAGGUCCUGAACUUCGCCAUGAUUGUGUCCUCUGCCCUCAUGAUCUGGAAGGGGCUGAUUGUGGUCACUGGCAGUGAGAGCCCCAUUGUUGUGGUGCUCAGUGGCAGCAUGGAACCAGCUUUCCACAGGGGAGACCUGCUCUUCCUAACAAACUUUCAUGAUGACCCAAUCAGAGCUGGUGAAAUAGUUGUUUUUAAAGUUGAAGGCAGAGACAUUCCAAUAGUUCACAGAGUCAUCAAAGUACAUGAAAAAGGAAAUGGGAGCAUCAAAUUUCUGACGAAAGGUGACAAUAAUGAAGUUGAUGAUAGAGGCUUAUACAAAGAAGGUCAGAACUGGCUGGAGAAGAAAGAUGUUGUUGGAAGAGCAAGAGGGUUUCUGCCCUAUGUUGGAAUGGUAACUAUAAUAAUGAAUGACUAUCCCAAAUUUAAGUAUGCUCUCCUGGCAGUGAUGGGAGCCUAUGUCCU